AUGACGAGUUCUUUUUUUACUCCUGCUCCUGAGCCGGCUACCGAGUUGGGACGCUACCGCGUCCUUUCUUCCACCGCUGGGAUUCGCGUCUCCCCACUCCAGCUCGGAGCCAUGUCCAUUGGCGAUGCGUGGAAAGAAGGAAUGGGUUCAUUGAGCAAGGAUGAGGCUUUUAAACUUCUCGAUGCUUUUCAUCAAGCCGGUGGAAAUUUCAUCGAUACAGCAAACAAUUACCAGAAUGAACAAUCAGAAGCUUGGAUCGGUGAAUGGAUGAAACAACGCAAUAACCGGGAUCAAAUGGUUAUUGCCACCAAAUUCACAACGGACUACCGCUCGCACGCACUCGGCAAAGGAAACGCCCCCAACAAUUGUGGCAAUCACAAACGAAGCCUCCACAUGAGUGUUCGGGAUUCUCUCAAGAAACUGCAAACCGACUGGAUUGAUAUCUUGUACCUCCAUUGGUGGGAUCAUACCACAUCGAUCGAAGAGAUCAUGGAUAGUCUUCAGAUCCUUGUCGAACAGGGCAAGGUACUCUACUUGGGUAUCUCGGAUACUCCCGCGUGGGUUGUAGCCGCAGCGAACACAUAUGCUCGAGCCCACGGAAAAACCCCCUUCAGCGUCUACCAGGGUAGAUGGAAUAUCAUGCUGCGUGACUUCGAGCGCGAGAUCAUCCCCAUGGCAAGCCAUUUCGGAAUGGCACUUGCCCCUUGGGAUGUCAUGGGCGGAGGAAAGUUUAAAACCAAGAAGGAGAUCGAGCAACGCAAGGCCCAAGGGGAGGGUCUCCGGAGCCUCCUUAGUGCAGAGCAAAGCGAGGAGGAAGUGAAGAUGAGUGCAGCACUCGAAAAGGUCGCAAAUGAGCUGGGAAUCAAAUCAUUGACCGCAGUCGCCCUGGCUUAUGUUAUGGCGAAAGCACCGAAUGUGUUCCCUAUUGUUGGCGGUCGCAAAAUCCAGCAUCUUAACGAAAACAUCGAGGCCCUCAGCAUCCGGUUGACGGCAGGGCAGAUCGAGUAUCUGGAGAGUCAGAAGCCUUUGGAUAUUGGCUUCCCCAAUAACUUCAUCGGUCCUGAUCCCAAAGUGACUGGCAAAGCGUCCUUCCUCUUGGCUUCCAAUGCUCCACUUUCUUUUGUGAAGUCCUCCAAAUCUAUUACAAGCCCAGAGUAG